AUGGCUAUCAAAAUCAUCCAAGUCUUGACAGCAGAGGAUAGUUCUCCUCUGGCUAAAGAGUUCCACAUACCAACCCGAGACGGUGUGACACUGGCUACAGACGUUUACCUGCCUCCCAAUUUAGAUGGCCCGAAGCUAUCAGCCAUCUUUGUUCGAACACCAUAUGACAAGUCUAGCGACUAUACAUCCCUCAAGCACGAAGCAAAAUACUAUAUGAGUCGCGGUUAUGCAUUCAUCAGCCAAGAUGUACGCGGCAAACAUCGUUCCACCGGGGAGACGCUACCCUACACUUAUGAUGUUAACGACGCGUACGAUACUGUCGAGUGGAUCACGCAACAACCGUGGUCGAACGGUCGCGUUGGAGUUACAGGUGUGUCAUACUAUGGCUUCACGGCUUGGGCUGCAGUAGCUAGUGGUCAUCCGGCCAUCAAAGCCGCUGUUCCCCAAGCGACAUCCGUCGAUAUGGGAGCAAGGCACGUUGCAUCUAGGUGGCAGCAGGAUGUCCCGUCUCUGUCGUCUGUCAACGAUCUUCUCCAAAUCUGGACGAAUAACAACGGUUACCUUGCCGCAAUCGACUGGGCGGCUGAUACUGCCCAGAAUGUCGUUGGAAAAGCUGGCGAUGUACUUGGAAAAAACAUCUCUGCCACUAAGAUGCUAGGUGAGAGAAUCUAUCAUCAGGGCUGGUUCAACCCUUACGGCGACCGCCAUCCAUAUCAUACGACUAAUAUACCGAUCCUGCACUGGCAAAACUGGUAUGACCCUGGCCUAGCUCCAGCGGGGAUGCGGGAUUGGAGACAUUUCAGGAGCUUGGCGAACCGCAAUCUCCAUUACCUACGAGCAAACUCUGCCGACCAUGCAGCGUUUUUGCUCGAAAAUGUGGGUGAUUCGAGUAAGAUCGCAUACAUGAAUGAGGACGCAAGAGAAAGGAGAAUUUCGGACGAAUGUGGCGAGGUGGCAGAUUUCUUUGAUGAGUUUGUCAACGAGAUCAGGCCUCAAGUGCCCCGAGUGAGGGCUCGCUGGCAUCUAGGUCAUGUCGGAUGGCAGAGCUCGACCGAGUAUCCGCCUCCAUGUCAUCCGGUGAAGUUUACUCUCUCGUCCACAAAGAGUGAUAUAGGCUACCAAAUGUUGAUGAAUGAGGAAAUAACCAACCUUGCAACGACGUUAUCCUGGGUGCACGACCCAAACAGCCCGGUGCCGACAUCCUUCGAUGUUGAGGCCCUCUGGUAUCUGCUUGCAGCAUAUCCGGAUGAACGAGAAAUGGCCAACCGUGACGAUGUCCUGACCUUCCGCACGGAGCCUUUCGCGGAGAAUUUUGAUUUUUGCGGACAGCCAACGCUUCAGCUGGAUCUUGACUUCUUGGGGCCCUCUACGCACCUAUUUGCGAAGCUACAGGACGUUUAUCCCGACGGAACGACCCAUCCGAUUUCGUUCGGUCGGGCAGUGAUCGAUAAAAGGAUGGGGCCCGAGGUACUUCUACUACUUGACGAUAACGCAUAUCGUGUGCAAAGGGGACAUCGGCUGCAGCUACAGAUACAAUCUAGUGACUUUCCCAUCUUCAUCGUCCAUCCCGGUACCGAGGAGAAUCCAUGGAUCGCUUCAAAGAAGGAGAAGAGCGAGCAUAGAAUACGCAUUGGUGGUGUGGGGGGAGCUUCCCUCAGUCUCCCGAGGAUCGAAGUGUGA